UUUUCUCUUAAGAAAGAAGGGAGCGACUACGACUACUUGAAGAUGGGGAAAGUGGAAGGGGAGGUGUUUCUGCAAGUAUUUCCAAAGUCUUUGGGUUCCUGCCUUUCAUUUGCAAUACGAACUUUGGGUGGAAUGUUCAUGGGAGUACUAAGCCACAGUCUGUUCUUGGGUUGGGGUGGUCCACCUGAAUGGAUUUGCGGCGCAUGCUCCCCAGUAUCUACCCCAGCCCUCCCCUUCUCGAGAGUGUGGUCGCUCCUGAUUGUCUGCGGUGAUGUCAUCGGCUGCCGGGUGAAAAGACAGGCAAGUUAGAACAAGUUCAGCGCUAGCCUGGAGCGGAGGUGGAGCCAUAGAGGGGUGGGGAGAGUAGGGCACUGUCCCAGCUGGAGAGAGAAAAUAAUUUCGGUCUCCCAGACGCGGAUUCCCAUUACUGCAACUAGCAGAGGUGGGAAAGGUCUUUUUGCUUCGGCACUGCCCAGGUGCGUCUGAGUACUGGAACCCCUUUCAUUAGCAGAGGCGAGGAAACUUUCGCUUAUUAGAUUCACUCCAAAGUCCUCAUGGGGGUGGAAAGCUGGAAUUAGCUAAUACUCUGGACUGCGAAACCACGGGUCACUGAGGCGGAAAAGGGAUAUGAGGGGUGGCUGGAAGCCCAGCUAUCAGCUUUAAGACUCAGUGCAAAAACACCACAGGAAUAGAAAAAGGGGUUGAAGCAACCCUCUCCAACAAGGUGCAAAGGCCCUGGAGUGAAGAAGGGAAGGAGGAAAGAGAAGUACACAGAGUGAACCUUGCAGUAUCCAGUCGAGACAUUCACGGAUUCUGAAAUGACAGAAAAAUCAGAGGAGGAAAGGGGUAUUCGCCUCGACAGCUAUCUCGACCUGACCAGUGUCGCUGCCCGAGGGCAAGUAGAACGUUUGCAGGAGCUCCUGGCAGCGGGAGCAGAUCCCAACGGAGUCAAUCGCUUUGGGAGGCGGCCCAUCCAGGUCAUGAUGAUGGGCAAUGUCGGAGUAGCAGAGCUCCUACUGAAGCAUGGAGCAGAUCCCAACGUCCCUGACCCCACCACCCUCACCCUACCAGUCCACGAUGCAGCCCGAGAGGGCUUCCUGGACACCCUGAUCUUGCUUCAUCGUGCAGGAGCCCGCUUGGACAUUGGAGACUCUCUAGGCCGCCUCCCCUUGCACCUAGCUCAGCAGCAGGGACACCACCAAGUCACCUUAUACCUUCAAACAGUUACAGGGGAUUGAAAGCAAUGAUGAAACUAAUCCACCCUUGGGACUUCUUACCCUUCUCCCUUUGGCUUCCACAGCAGCUCCAAACAGAUUGAGGAAGGGAUACCUGGAAGGUGACAGAGAGCAGCUUUGAACAUACUCCCUUAUGCACCUUCUCAGACAGGAUGACAAGUUUCUAGUCAGAGACCCACCCAGCCAAAACUCCCCAAGGAGGAAGAAGGUGUAUUCAUACUCUAGCUAUACCCUCAACUGUUUCCUUCAUUUUCUCAGUUUACAGUAAAAACAGGAGCUGAGUAGAAAUGGAGAAGCAAUUUUUUGGUCAGUAUUUCCAUCUGAGGAAAUAAGAACAGGGUAGAAAAUCUGCAAAUGUGAGACUUCUAAAUACAUAAUUUGUGGUGGGAAGUUAGUGGGGUGGUGGAUAGAAGACUUUUUUUUUCUCUGAAGGUGGGGGAAUGGUGGUCUAUGGAAUACUGUCUCAUCCAGAUAGGCAUCCCUGGUGGAGGAACCAGUUAGAAAAACCUUCACUGGAGGAUCUGGCAGUACAGUAGGAAUCCUCCCCGGCUUAACUGGAGUGGCCUAGAACACUGGUAAUAUUGGUACAAAGUGGAGGGAAGAAGAAAGUUUUAAUGAUGCAGGUAGAUUUUAUUAUGGGAGAGGGAUAUUCUACUGAGUUGCUAAGGGAGCCAAAGAUGGCAAAUAGAACUGAUGUGCUCACUUUUGGGGGGGGGUCAGAUUUAUUCAGUCUGGCUUGUAGUGGAAGGGAAGGGAAGGGAGUAUUGGAAGUCACAGAUUUGCCCAUAAACUUUAAAAACCAAGAGAUGCAAUGAUAGAUGGCUCUCUGAAAUGUUUUGGCCACUGUUAGUGUUUUUUGGGUCCCUAUCUCCUUAAAGGUUCUAGCCAGGAUGAAAUAGCAGAGUGGGAAAAAAAAGUGUGAGUUAGGGAAGUGUUUUCUAAAGAGAUUCUUUGAAACUCAGGCUAACUGUAUUGGGAAAGUGCCAUAGCACCAUGUAAACUCAUCAAACUCAUGCCUAAAACAUCCAUGUUAAUUUUACUAUGGUGAUUAGAUAUCAAGGAAUUCAAUACAGCAUCCUGGGAGGUUUCUAUUAGAACUACAUUAAUUACAACCUGUUUACUAGUCUAAACUGAGAUAAUGGAUCCCUUUACAAUUCUUUUAAGCCCACCUGGAAGCAAAGGUCUGAAUUCAAGAUCCAAAUUGGCUUUUGUGACCCUGGGCUAGUUAGACUUAAUCUCUCAGGGCUCUAAGAAACUCUUUAACACAAAGAGAGCUGUUGUUUCCCUCAGUUGCAGAGAAGGUGCUGAUCUGCAUAGGUUGAAGGAACUUCCUCACUGAGGAGCUUCCUAAGCCAGAGAGAUCACAGAUGUAGUCUCUAUCCCUAUCCUAUUCGUCUGUUGUUUUUCAAACUAUUUUCUCUGUGGGUUUGUCUCGGGGGAUGUAUUUAAAUGACCAUUUAAAUAUUAUAAAUGUGGUUUAGAGCACUGAUGAAUUUAUUCAAUAAAAUUAUCUCAGAAUUCA